GGCCAUGCGUGAGAGCCUCGGCACGGCGUGCGAGGGCGCCCGGCCCCGGCUCUGCCGGCUGCUCCGCAGGAUCCUCCGGCCGCAGCCCGCCUGCGGCCUCCGCCGAGCCAGUCUGCUGACACAGGAUGACACCAAGUUCCACGGGCUCAGCAAGCACUGGAAUGAGUCCACCCAGUCCCUCAUGGGGACAGGAAAGUCUCCAGAACCUCUGGUCAAGCUGGACACGCCCCGAUCGGCUUGCCCUCGGCACGUGAGGAUCAAAAACUGGGGCAGUGGAAUGACUUUCCAGGACACACUUCACCUCCAGGCCAAAGGGAAUCUCGCUUGCAAAUCCAAGUCUUGCCUGGGAGCUCUCAUGUACUCCAAAAGUUUGACCAGAGGACCGAGGGACAAGCCAACUCCCCUAGAUGAGCUUCUACCUCAAGCUAUUGAAUUUGUCAACCAGUAUUAUGGCUCCUUCAAAGAGGCAAAAAUAGAGGAACAUCUGGCCCGAGUGGAAGCAGUAACAAAGGAAAUAGAAACAACCGGAACCUACCAGCUGACGGGAGAUGAGCUCAUCUUCGCCACCAAGCAGGCCUGGCGCAACGCCCCGCGCUGCAUCGGGAGGAUCCAGUGGUCCAAUCUGCAGGUCUUCGAUGCCCGGAGUUGUACCACCGCCAAGGAAAUGUUUGAGCACAUCUGCAGACAUCUGUCCUAUGCCACCAACAAUGGCAACAUCAGGUCGGCCAUCACGGUGUUCCCCCAGCGGAGCGAUGGGAAGCAUGACUUCCGGGUCUGGAAUGCUCAGCUCAUCCGGUAUGCGGGCUACCAGAUGCCCGAUGGCACCAUCAUAGGAGACCCUGCCUCGGUGGAGUUCACCCAGCUGUGCAUUGACCUGGGCUGGAAGCCCAAGUACGGUCGCUUCGAUGUGGUACCUCUGGUCCUGCAGGCUGAUGGCCGUGACCCCGAGCUCUUCGAAAUCCCACCCGAUCUCGUGCUCGAGGUGCCCAUGGAACAUCCCAAGUAUGAGUGGUUCCGGGAGCUGGAGCUGAAGUGGUACGCGCUUCCUGCAGUGGCCAACAUGCUGCUCGAGGUGGGCGGCCUCGAGUUCCCGGGGUGCCCCUUCAAUGGCUGGUACAUGGGCACGGAGAUCGGGGUCCGGGACUUCUGUGAUGUCCAGCGCUACAACAUCCUGGAGGAAGUGGGCAGAAGGAUGGGCCUGGAAACGCACAAGCUGGCCUCCCUCUGGAAAGACCGGGCUGUUGUUGAGAUCAAUGUUGCUGUGCUCCACAGUUUCCAGAAGCAAAAUGUGACCAUCAUGGAUCACCACUCAGCUGCAGAGUCCUUCAUGAAGUACAUGCAGAACGAGUACCGGUCCCGUGGGGGCUGCCCGGCCGACUGGAUCUGGCUGGUCCCCCCAAUUUCUGGAAGCAUCACCCCGGUGUUUCACCAGGAGAUGUUAAACUAUGUCCUGUCUCCUUUCUACUACUAUCAGGUGGAGGCCUGGAAAACCCACGCCUGGCAGGAUGAGAAGCGGAGACCUCAGAGGAGAGAGAUUAAAUUCAAAGUCCUGGUGAAAGCCGUGUUCUUUGCAUCUGUGCUGAUGCGCAAGGCCGUGGCAUCCCGAGUCAGAGUCACCGUCCUCUUUGCAACGGAGACGGGAAAAUCAGAAACGCUGGCCCGGGACCUGGGCGCCCUGUUCGGCUGUGCUUUCAACCCCAAGGUUCUCUGCAUGGCCGAGUACAGGCUGAGCGACCUGGAGGAGGAGAGGCUGCUGCUGGUGGUGACGAGCACGUUCGGGAACGGAGACUCUCCCGGCAACGGACAGAAACUGAAGAAAUCACUUUUCAUGUUAAAAGAGCUUAACAACAAGUUCAGGUAUGCCGUGUUUGGCCUCGGCUCCAGCAUGUACCCUCAGUUCUGCGCCUUUGCUCAUGACAUCGACCAGAAGCUGUCCCAUCUGGGGGCCUCUCAGCUCACCCCGACAGGGGAAGGGGAUGAGCUCAGUGGGCAGGAGGAGGCCUUCCGCAGCUGGGCCGUGCAAACCUUCAAGGCAGCCUGUGAGACUUUCGACAUCCGAGGCAAACACGGCAUCCAGAUCCCCAAGCUGUACACCUCCAACGUGGCCUGGGACCCGCGCCACUGCAGGCUCGUGCAGGAUGCCCAGCCUUGGGACCUCAACAAAGCCCUGGGCAGCGUGCACGCCAAGGACGUGUUCACCAUGAGGCUCAGAUCCCAGCAGAAUCUACAGAGCCCGAAAUCCAGCCGCACCACCCUUCUAGUGGAACUCUCCUGCGAGGGCAGCCGAGGCCUGAACUACCUGCCGGGGGAGCACCUCGGGGUCUUCCCAGCCAACCAGCCGGCCCUGGUUCAGGGCAUCUUGGAGCGAGUGGUGGACAGACCUGCCCCCUCCCAAACAGUGCGCCUGGAGACCCUCAGCGAGAGCGGGAAGUACUGGGUCAAGGACAAGAGACUGCCCCCCUGCUCACUCAGCCAGGCCCUCACCUACUUCCUGGACAUCACAACCCCACCAACCCAGCCACUGCUCCGAAAGCUGGCCCAGCUGGCCACAGAAGAGGCCGAAAGAAAGAGGCUUGAGGCCUUGUGCCAGCCCUCAGAGUACAGCAAGUGGAAGUUCACCAACAGCCCCACAUUCCUGGAGGUGCUGGAGGAAUUCCCAUCCCUGAGGAUAACUGCUGGCUUCCUGCUCUCCCAGCUCCCCAUUCUGAAACCUCGGUACUACUCCAUCAGCUCCUCCCAGGAUCACACGCCCACAGAGGUCCACCUCACCGUGGCCGUGCUCACAUACCGCACCCGAGAUGGCCAGGGUCCCCUGCACCACGGCGUCUGCAGCACAUGGCUCAGCAGCCUGAAGCCCCAAGACCCAGUGCCCUGCUUCCUGCGAAGCGCCAGCGGCUUCCAGCUCCCCGAGGACCCCUCCCGUCCUUGCCUCCUCGUCGGGGCUGGCACGGGCAUCGCCCCCUUCCGCGGUUUCUGGCGGCAGCGGCUGCACGAUGCGGGGCGCAGAGGGCUCCCGGAGGGCCGCAUGACCCUGGUGUUCGGGUGCCGCCGCCCAGAUGAGGACCACCUCUAUCGGGAGGAGAUGUUGGAGGUGGCCCGGAAGGGGGUGCUGCACGAGGUGCACACGGCUUAUUCUCGCCUGCCUGGCCAGCCCAAGGUCUAUGUUCAAGACAUCCUGCAGCGGCAGCUGGCUGGUGAGGUGCUCCGUGUGCUGCAUGAGGAGCAGGGCCACCUCUACGUCUGUGGGGAUGUGGGCAUGGCCCGGGAUGUGGCUCACACCCUGAAGCAGCUGGUGGCUGCCAAGCUGAGCCUGAGCGAGGAGCAGGUUGAGGACUAUUUCUUCCAACUCAAGAAUCAGAAGCGCUAUCAUGAAGAUAUCUUUGGUGCUGUGUUUCCCUACGAAGUGAAAAAGGAUGGGGCAGCGGGGCGGCCCAGCAAUCCCAGAGCUCCGAAGGUCAGAGGAGAAGUUAAAGCCACUAGCAUGGAAUUUAAUGAUGGGGCCAAUUCUUGAUGUCACCGGACCUGGGAAAAUGGAGGAAAAUGGUGUCCCCAAGCCUCACGUCUCAUUCACCCACCUCCUUCCCCUCCUAACUCUUGACUUGAGCUGCUGUCAAGUGGCAGCCUGAACUGAGUGGAGCCUCCCCUCCCCCUUGAGCCCACCCACCCCUGGAUAAUGGAGAGUUGAGGCCUCCCUAGUCCCUUGAGACUGAACGUGCAAUGCCAGGCCUGGCCAGCAGGGGUGCGCGAUGGAACGUCUGCUGCACCGCUGAGAGUGACCACCAGGAGGCGCUGCCAUGCCCACUCUGUAUCUAGCCACCCCAUGUACAGUUAUUUAUGUCUCUGUAUUUAAAAAUUACCCCAGUCUACUCCCAAGGCCACUUGGGCCUUCCUUGUAUGAUCCCUUGAUGAAGAUAUUUAUA